GUCUGUUUGUUGACUUCCGGGAGCGCAGUAGUGGUCGAUGCCAAGAGGGUCGCGAUGGGGGCCCCAGGGGCUAGGGCAGUACCUUAGGCCCAGUCGAGUCGCUCCUGCUGUCUUUCCGAAGCAGGCACAGAUUCCCUUUACAGUUUUCGGCAUGGCGGAGGCUGAAUCACUGGUGCCGGAUACGGGCGCUGUGUUUACAUUUGGAAAAACUAAAUUUGCUGAAAAUAUUCCUAGCAAAUUCUGGUUUAAAAAUGACAUACCAAUAUGUCUUUCAUGUGGUGAUGAACAUACUGCUAUUGUGACAGGAAAUAAUAAACUUUACAUGUUUGGCAGUAACAACUGGGGUCAGUUAGGAUUAGGAUCAAAGUCCACUAUCAGCAAACCAACAUGUAUCAAAGCUCUUAAGCCUGAGAAAGUGAAGCUUGCUGCCUGUGGGAGGAACCACACCCUAGUUUCAACAGAUAAAGGCAGUGUAUAUGCAGCUGGAGGAAAUAAUGAAGGACAGUUGGGACUUGGUGACACUGAUGACAGAGACACUUUUCAUCAAAUUGGCUUCUUUACACCUAAAGAUAUCAUUAAACAGCUUUCUGCUGGUGCUAAUACAUCAGCUGCAUUAACUGAAGAUGGAAAACUUUUUAUGUGGGGGGACAAUUCUGAAGGGCAGAUUGGUUUAAAAAAUAAAAGUAAUGUGUGUAUCCCUCAUGAAGUGACCGUUGGGAAGCCGAUCUCAUGGAUCUCUUGUGGCUAUUACCAUUCAGCUUUUGUAACAACGGACGGGGAACUGUACACAUUUGGAGAACCUGAGAAUGGAAAGUUGGGCCUUCCCAAUCAGCUGCUGAUCAAUCACAGAUCACCGCAGCGUGUGCUGGCGAUUCCUGAGAAAGUGGUUCAGGUAGCCUGUGGUGGAGGGCACACGGUGGUUCUCACAGAGACUGUUGUGUAUGCCUUUGGGCUGGGACAAUUUGGACAACUGGGCCUUGGCACUUUUCUUUUUGAAACAUCAGAACCCAAAAUCAUUGAGCGUAUUAAGGAUCAGAAAAUAAGUUACAUUUCCUGUGGAGAAAAUCAUACGGCUUUGAUGACGGAUAUCGGCCUCAUGUAUACUUUUGGAGAUGGCCGACAUGGAAAAUUAGGACUUGGAAUGGAGAAUUUUACCAAUCAGUUCUUUCCUACUUUGUGCUCUAAUUUUUUGAGAUUUACAGUUCAAUUGAUUGCCUGUGGUGGCUGUCAUAUGCUAGUUUUUGCCACCCCACGACUUGGUGCAUUAGAUGAAUCUGAGUUUGAAGAAGUAUAUGAGCCUUACCUAAGUACAUGUUCUUUGCCCAUCAGUGACCUCUCCCCAGGAACUCCACUGAAUAGAUCUUUAUCAGCACGCCUGCGGCGAAGAGAGCGGGAGCGACCACCAGGUUCUGCUGUAGUGAUGGGAACACUGCCUCCGCUAGAGGGGACUUCUGCCUCCACAUCAGCUCCUUAUUUUUCCCCCACUUCAAUCCCUUUCCAUUUGUCUAUGAAUAACUACCCAGAGAAAAGCCCUGCUGAGUCUGUGGGGCCACUGGACUCAGAUUAUUUUGAAGAUAAAAUGAACAAAGAGACAGAGACAGAAAAUUCUUCAGCAGUGGAUUCAGAAAACCUUGGUGAAACUACUGAUGUCUUAAAUAUGACACAUGUGGUGAACCUGAGUUCCAAUGAGAAGUCAUUAGAAUUUUCACCAAUUCAAAAACAACAGAAUCAAGACAUGGUUGAGAAAGUGAUGGAAAGUACACCUUGUACUGAAAAUGAUGAUAGUUAUGAAUAUGAAGAGAUGUCAAAAGUAAAAGAAGGGACAGUAUACAAACAAUAUUUAGCAAAAGGGAUCUUCAUGAUACGACCCCCCGAGAUUAUGGGAGCAUUUUCAGAGGAGGAAAUAGGUAAUGGCCUAGAGCAGGUGGGGCCUCAGGUCAACACUGAUGAAAAGAGUUUACAAGAAGAGGAUCUAGAACAGGAAAGUGGGGAAGAAAUAGCCUCUGAGAAGAAAACUGAGGUGCUGGACAUAGCAAGUGUGAAAGAUAGCAGUGAAGGGGAAGAGAAUGCAAAAUCAGAUGCACUUUUUGAUGACUUCCAAGAUAAAGACAUGACUUCCGAGAGUGAAGAGAAUAAAGAUCUGGCUCAGGAGAGGAAAAGCGACGAGCAGAAUUUGAUCUUGGACAGCGAAACAGAACUGCUAGAAGAACCAGACAGUUACAUGGAAUACGAAAGGCAGAGUCAGCCAGACAGAUCAGAGGAGGGCGAGCAGGCCAAGGCAGUAGAACCUAGUAGUGAUGAGAAAGAUGACGAUGAGGUGGAGACUGAGCCCUGCCUAUGGUACAGCAGGAAAUGUGCUGAACAAGACAGUGAGAGUGAGCCCAAGGCAGCCAGACUGGUUGCGAAAUACGAUAUUCAGCAUGACCAUUUGUCAGGGAUCCCAGAGGAGCAGGAAGGACCCGAGGACCCAGAAAGAAGUGCAGUAGGGGAGCAAGUGGUUCAGGAACAAGAGGAAAAUGUGGACUUGGAAGUAGAAAGAAAGGAGGAGGAAGCAGAAAGCCUGUCAGAUGCCAGUACAGACAAAGAGAAUCAGCAACUUUCAGAACCUGUGAAACCAGAACCAGAAGACAUGGAUAAGCAAAUUAGUACCCCAAAUGUAGAAGACAUUAGAGAAGAAGAAAGGAAGGAAGAAGUGAAGGAAACUGGAGAAGAAGAAAGUUUACCUGAAGAUGGCCUUCCUGGAACAGAAGGUUCAGAAACCGUUGAUGCUGUUGAUGACAAUCCAGAAGAAAUCACUAAAGAGGAAGACAGCAUCAGCCUACUGCAACGGACCCUUUGUGAGUACAAUGAAAAUCCAAAAGGACACAUGUAUGAUCGUAUAAAGAGCAGUUCUUCAGAAGUUCUGGGAGGUAGUGAAUCAACAAGUAAAGACAUUAAAAAGUCUAAAAAGAUUUCCUUCUUUAAUCGGAUGUCAUUGACAGGUCAGAAAAUGAUGCAAAAUACUAAUGAUCCACUCCCAGAGAUAAAGCCAAUAGGAGACCAAAUAGCCUUACAAAGUGAUAAGAAAGAUGCCAACCAGAACCACAUGGGUCAAAAUCUUCGGAAUACUGCAACACCAAGUAUGGCGGGAAAGUCCAAAUCCUGUACAAUACUAUAAAUGUAUGUUUAUGUUUCUGUGGUCACCGAGCACAUUUGUUCUUCAUACUUGAAAAAUGUUAUGACUUCUGAAGGAAAUUUCCUGAUAACACUGUUAAAAAAGAUAAAAUUACUGUUUGGCUUGGUUUGAACAGUAUGAACAGAUUUAAUAUUUAUUUAUACUGAUAUUAAUGAGCAGUUUCCAAAAUACUUGUACCUCCAACCCUCCUUGAAGUGUUCUGGCCUUAACUGUUCAGUGUUGCACAAAACAAUAUAUUUUUAUAUUUGAAAGCUGAAUGCAGAUAUUUCAUAGUUUUGCUAACACAGUUAUCAUCCUUUGUAAUUUCCUAAGAUGAUGUUUACGAUCUUGAAACACUGGAACAGUUUUGAAUAUAUUUACAUCAUUUAAAAACAGGCAAAAUUGUGAUGAACUUACUUUAAUAAAUUAUAACUGGUUGGUUCUGCUGUUAAAAUGGGUAAGGUACUUGGACUUAUCAAUAAUGAUGAAAGGAGGAGGCUGGAAAGAUGGGGGAUUUGAUGCUCUUACACAGGACUGGAG